AUGGGGAAAAUAGAAUGGGCUAUGUGGGCCAAUGAACAGGCUCUGGCGGCGGGGCUCAUUCUCCUUACUGGUGGUAUAGUGGGGGUGGCUGGCCAGUUCAGGGACUGGGAGUUUGCUGCUUAUGCUAUAGCUGCAGGGGUGUUUGUCUGUCUACUAGAGUACCCAAGGGGCAAGAGAAACAAGGGCACCAGCGUAGAAAGGACGGGUCAGUACUGCUUCACUGUCUGUGUGAAGUCAUUCGGCCCACUGACCAGGAACUACUAUGUCAGAGCGUUUCUACAUGCAGCGAUCUGCGUUCCUGGUGGUUUCAUCCUUGCAACGGUUCUUGGCUGUGUCUGCCUCGGCAUAGCUAGCCUCAUCUACCUUGCGGCGGCCAUCCGAGGGGAGCAGUGGGAGCCCAUCCUGCCCAGGAAGGAGAGUGCCCGUAAGCCGGUGGGAGAGAGCAUCAAGCUCCCUCCCCAGAACCCUCCACCACGCCCACCCGCAGAGAUGCGCAGGAAACGGGCAGAGGACCUGGAGGCGGCUGCCUAUGUCAACCCCAUCGCUGUCACUGCCAAUGAUGACUAG